AAAAUGUCCACAAUAAAGAAACCUUUACCACGUCCAAAGCAACAAAGAUGUGAAAUUUGCCAAAGAAAUUUCUCAUUGUAUUCAUCAUCUCAUAAUUAAGAUUAUUAUAAUAACAUUAAUGUAAAAGAUGUAAACGAGCAGUUUGUUUUGAUUGCGGAAAAUUUAAAGCUAUUGUAUUAUUUUUCAUUAAAAAAUUAAGAUUGUCGACUAUGAUCUCAAAACUUAACAUCGAUGUUGUAUUAUUUGUAAAGAGGAAUAACUCGCCAUUCAAGAUAUUAUAACUAAGGAAUAGUUAUCUUUUAAUAAAAAUUCACUAAUAACUAACCAAUGGCUUAGAUACUCUCUCGACAAGUAUGAUCUAAUACGUAUUUAGUGUUCGAGAAUAAGAUCUCAUUGACGAAUAUUACACGAUAUUAGGCUAAAGUAAAAAUAACUUGCCAGCGUCAGCAGCUGAAGAACUGAAGUCCAUUCAAGUUAUAUUAAACUAAGUAAACUUUGAAUUUAAUCAAUGAAGAUUCGCAAUUAGUAUAACUAUUCUAUGAAAGAAUUCGACUAUUACUUAACUAAAGAUUUAAUGGAUAAUAUGUCAGCAAUAUUUCUAUAAUCAGUAUUGUAAUGUUUGCUCUUUAAAAAUCCGAAUAUCCAAAUUAAUCAAGUAAGACUAUAGCUUUCAUCCUUAGAAUUUAGUUUAAAUGACAUAUUUUCUAUUGUAUUUUCAUUCUUCUCCUCUAGUGUUUCAUUUUAUCAAUUGUUUCAGAGAAGAAAUUUCUUUAGGAAGAUUCUUAGAUUAAAACGAUUAGAUCAAGGAGUACGAGAUAGAUUUUCUAUUAGAAAUUGGAAAAAAAAAUUAUCUAAUUGAGCCGACAGAUUUGCUUUAUUUUAGGAAAUAUUUGGAGAGACAUGCUGAAAAGAUGUUGUCAAAUACUUUCUUUAAUUUUGUCAAUGUAAUAUCUCUAUUAAAUUUAGGUGUAAUGUUUAAUAUUUAUUUAUGAUCAUGUUUUAAAAUUUAGAGAUUACUUUGAAUUAGAAAAAAUUGCUACUUUGAUUGGAUCAUUAUAUCUAAAUGAAUUCAAGCAAAAAGGUUUAGAUGAUGAAUAUUUCACUAAUUAAAUUAUCAAGAAUACCAAACCAUCAAUUUUGAAAGAAUAUUUAAGUAAAGAGGAUAGAAUUAGACUUAAUGACAAGAGGUAGACCUAUUCAAAGAGUGAAGACUUAUUUUUAUUGUAAUUUCAACAUAAAAUGGAUAACUAAAAUGAAACAAAACAAAUUCUAUAUUUAUUAGAUGAUUGCUUGUUAAAAAAAUAGCCAUUAAAUAAUCAUCAUAAGUAACUCAUAUCCUAAUUAAAUUAAAAAUAAUAACAAAUUAUAAAUGAUCUAUUGAAACUCAAUUACAAUAAAGCCAAAGAACAAGAUGAAAGUUAGUUAUAUCAUAAAAUUGAAACCCAUUCAAAUUCUUCUACUCAAAUUAAAUUUGAUAAAAGUGAAUUAGUAGAUUGA